GAAGCUGUUCUGUGUGGUGUAACCAGAGCCCCUCCCCCAUCUCUGGUGUAACCGACAUGUGCUGCUGUCAUGUGACCGUGAAACGGGAAAUGGUGUCUCAGAGACGAACCCUUCAAAUCCUCAUGGCUGUGUGUCAAGAUGCCACUAUCAAACAAUGAGAAAUCGGCUCGACAUAGAGCAAAGGUGAAUGCUGAUCCUGUUGCCAGGGCCAGAUACCUUGCAAAAAGAAGAGAGAGUUAUCAGCGAAGAAAAAGAGAGGGAAAGACUAAACAUCCUCCAGUAGCUGAACUCACUAAAUCAAGACAGGAGGAAUUGAGGCAGAAAUGGAGACGGUACCAGAGAAGUCGCAGGAGCAAGAUUCGGAAUUUACCACUGCAAUGCUCCUCUCAGGUUGAGAUGAACUCCCAAUGGCAGCAGGAUUUUGCUCCAUACUCUCCCAGCAGUGAAGUUGACUCCAGCUCUGCCACACUGGAGAGUCCUGUGAACAGCGAUAGCUGGAUGAAACAGGAACCAGAGACUGUAGUAAUCCAGUGGGACAAUGUAAACAAACUGCCAGCUGCCACUGAGACAGAGACAGAGCAGGACAACACUCCGAGCAGCGCCACUUCCACCUCCACAGUGAGACCUCCGAUCAUGGAAGAUUUGCCCAGCGGUGUUAUGCUGACCAUCACUAAACUUCAUUGUCUGCUGGAGAGCAAACAGGAGAGGAUUGAAGCUCUGGAGAGGCAGGUGCAGGACCUGCAGGAGGAUCGCAGGUUCCUCCGCUCACAAAUCGAGAACCUUACCAGAGCGCUCUCCGUUCAUGUCUGUCGAGGGAUUUCAGAUGAAACAACUGGAAAAAGUUAA